CUCUUCGUUUCUCUCUUUGUUAUCCAAAUACCAUAUGGCUCUAAAUCGAAAGAGGAAUAGGCCCGAAGAUUGGGAAGAACUCGAACCUUCUCCUGUUAUUCAUAUUAGGGAACUGCCAGAGCACACUUUAGAGAUAGAUCUUCAGCGGACCUUCGAAGUUUAUGGCCGCAUCAGGGAUAUAACUAUGCUCCCCAAUAAGUGUCAAGCGCUCGUCGAAUUCCAUGAUAUUGCUUCAGCCGAAUCGGUUGUUUUAAGAUCUGCGGAGGAAGUGAUUACUGUAGCCAAUCGCCGUGUAAAAGUAAACUUCAGCACCUCUAAGCGUAUCGUUCAACGUGCCUCUGCUUCAUCAUCUGGUGGCAGUGAAGGCCCUACAAUCUCAAGUGAGAACAACGUUCUACUCCUCACGAUAUACAACUCUCAAUAUCCGAUAACUGUUGAUGUGAUAAAUCAAAUUACUUCAAGGCACGGCAGGGUACUUCGAAUAGUUAUCUUCAGAAAGAGUGGCGUACAGGCAAUGGUCGAAUUCAGAUCAGUUGAAGAAGCGAAAACUGCAAAGCGACACUUAAAUGGUGCCGAUAUCUACUCUGGCUGUUGCACACUGAAAGUUGAAUUUGCCCGCCCAACGCGUCUUUCUGUCACUAAAAAUGAUCAAGACACUUGGGACUUCGAAAAUCCUAUGCCUAGUCCUGGAAUAGGUGUUACUGUAAUGGAUGGUAGAGCUCAAAACACUGCCUCGCUUCUGGGCGGCUAUCCUCGAUUUGAUGGCGCUCGGGCUGCUGUCAGCAAUAUUUACGGUCUACCUGGUGGUUCUGUUUCUGUGAACCCUCCUGGAGCCCAGAUGGUUGGCUCAAUCACUAUGUCAGGUAACCCUGCUGGAGGUGGAGUUGGGUUGCCCCCGCAAAUGGAGCAUAUGACAGCAGGUCUUCAUGGAAGUACACCUGUUGUUAUGGUUUACAACUUAGAUCUAACCAGGAUGAAUUGCGACAGAUUAUUCAAUUUACUUUGUCUAUACGGUAACGUUUGGAGAAUUAAAUUCCUAAAGACGAAAGAGGGUUCAGCUAUGGUUCAGCUCGGCGAUUCUGCUAGCGUCGAUCGCGUCAUUGCCAACCUAACUGGUGUUACAUUAUUUGAUAAUCGCCUUCAGGUGGUACGUCAAAGUAAGCAGCAAGUAAUUUUGGAUGUGCCUCAACCUUUCGAUCUACCAGACGGAACUCCUUCCUUCAAAGAUUAUACCGGAAGCAGAGAAAACCGAUAUAUAAACCCGGAACAGGCUGGCAAAAAUCGCGUUUAUCCACCCUCUCGAACGCUACACUUUUGGAAUUCCCCCCCUAAUUUCUCUUCUUCAGAUAUGCGCCAGAUAUUCUUAAAUAAUGGAGCUACUCCUCCAGAGUAA